AUGGAGAGGAAAAUCAAGAGUUUAGAGGAAGCCAAUAAACUAGCGAAAGAAGAGAAAAACAAAAUCGAGCAAAGCAGAGAUAAAAUUAAGAAGGAAAACAAAAAAUCCGCUGACUUUAAUCAAAAGUUAAUGAAAAAGAAAAGAGACCUGGAAAAGGAGAAUGAUGAUCUAACAUCAACCUUGGAAAAUAUAACUAAAGAACAUGAUAAAAUAAAGGCUGAACAUCAUCAACUGCUCAAUCAGGCACGACACGACUGUACUGAAAUGGAACGACUUAAGAAGGAAGUUGACGAGAAAGAAACGAGGUGCAGAGCUUUGGAGGAGGAAAUCAUCAAAUGGAGGACCGCUCUAAAGGAGGAAAUCAUCAAAUGCAGGACCUUUGAGGGCGGCGUUUUCAUACCCAAAGGAAACGACUUUGACACUCCUGGAGUCAUCUGUGCUUUAAAACAGGAUAACUCAGACAACGUUAUAGCCACCAGGUCAUCUGAUGGGCCGGGAAACGCCGAUGACGUACUCAUCCGCAAAGGGGGCAAAACCUGUGGAACGGCUGAAAUAGAAGGCUCUUGGUGGCGUGUUUAUAUAGGCGAGAAUUACCUCUUGUUUCUCACUCACUGCUCCUUAAGACACGGGAAGAUACGACGCGAUUCAAUUCUCCGUCACUGGGAACUGCAAGGGUCCAUUGAUGGAAAGGAUUGGAAGAAAAUUAACACUAAACCGAGGACAUAUGAUCAGAGUGGUAAUGGAGGGUUUGUAACAGGCACGUGGUCAGUCAAAGGCAAUGUCGGAGCUUUUCGUCACUUCCGGAUCCUUCAAACAGGUCGGCAUUCCUCUGGGAGGUUUGGAAUUUAUCUAUCCGGAAUUGAGUUUUACGGAGUACUUAUGAAAGUUUAG